AAUUGUAGUGUGCAUCACCCACCGAUAGUGUCUACGGUAAAGACAGAAUCCACUAACACACACUAACACCAUCUCCAUUCCUUUCCCUUUCUCCCUCACUCCCACUCGCCGUAACUCCAUCAACACCAUUCCCUCCGCCGUCACAAUGCAAGCCAUCAACCGUCUCAUCUCCGUCACACGCCACCUCACCACCGACCUUCGCCACUCAAAUCUCCGAACAUUCUCAAUCUCAGUUUCCGGCGGCGGAUCCUACGACGACCCUAACUGGGAAACUCCUUCCUCCUGGUCCACCGGCUUAACCAAAGACCACUUCAACGGCGACUCCGAUCCUCAAUCAACUCUCUCCGAUCUCCAACAAAUGGAAGAAAAACUUCAGGAACUCGAAGAAGAGAAUCGGAAGAGCAAAGUUUAUGUUGAUAGUUGGAAGCAACGAAUGGCGGAUACAUGUGUUAUGUUGAAGCAAGUUCAUGAACCCGGUGCGCGAGGUUCGUAUUUGAAGGACAGUGAAAAAGCCGAAAUGUAUCGGUUGCAUAAGAAGGAUCCUCAGGUUUAUACAAUUGAGAAGCUUGCUAAGGAUUAUAGGAUAAUGAGACAGAGAGUUCAUGCUAUUCUUUGGUUGAAGGAGCUUGAAGAGGAAGAAGAGAAGAAACUUGGACAUAAACUUGAUGAUUCUGUUGAGAUUUUGCUUGACACUUUUCCGGAAUUUUUUAUUUCCCAUGAUAGGGAAUUCCAUGUUGCGUCGCUUCCUUAUAAGCCUGACUUCAAGGUGAUGCCUGAGGGGUGGGAUGGCAUUACCAAAGAUUUGGAUGAAGUUCAUUAUGAAAUCUCCAAAAAGGAGGAUGAUAUGCUUUAUCGAGACUUUGUUGAGAAGAUGAACUUCAACAAGAAGAAAAUGGCUGGAGAGGUGAAAUGCCACAAGUAUAGUCGACGACGCCCUGAAGAUGGAUGGACUUUCACUAUAGAGAAAAUGGGACCCAAAGGGAAGCGUGGAGAUGGUGGGGGCUGGAAAUUUGCUAGCAUGCCUGAUGGAUCAACCCGACCACUGAAUGAGAUGGAAAAAAUGUAUGUGAGACGAGAGACUCCACGCCGGCGACGCAGGAUCCUUCCUUGAUUACAUUUUUGUUUUUGUUUUGACUAGCUGCUAAAAUUAGAAUUUGUAGUCUAAUGCAUCAAAUGGUUUGAGAUAUGCAUAUGUAUUAUUAUUUAUCCUUUUUGGUUGGAUGAGUUAUCCAAGGGUUUCUUUUAAUUCAUCCUCGUUAUCUAGCUCAAAUUAUGCACAAUGAUGUCAAUAAUUAAGAUCCUCUUUGUUGUCAAGAAAAAGGUAACUAACACCGAUUUUAGCGUGUGGAA